AUCGCCAGUCAGUGAGCGGUGAAAUUUAACACCGAGCCGCGGUGGGGAGGAUUUGCUUUGCUUUGGGGUUGGCUGCUCGCUCUGCUCUGCUCUGCUCCGCAGCCAGAGGCAGAGUCUCCUUUCAGCUCCGGAUGCCUGCGCUGUUGCUACUAGAAGCUGCAGAGAGAGCAAUUUAAAAAGUUUGGGGUUGUUGUUUUUUUUGCCUGUGCGUUGCAGAGCUUCCUCCCCUCUUUUUUUUUUUUUUGCCAGUCUGGACCUUUGCUGCAGCUGUUUCCCCCUUCCGUUGCCCCAGAAGAACUCGUGCAAAAACCCACCCCGCCGAAGCCCCUCACGCCAACCACCACGCGACACCCAAACAACAGCGCCCAGGCGGCCGCCGGCGAGGCACGCGCGAGGCGCCCCCUCUCGCGCCUUUGCCGAGCUGGCGCUUCCCCGCCGUGCGGAGCAAGACCCGCUAGGGCGACCUUCGCGCAAGCAGCAGCAGCAGCUCCUCUCUGGGCGGAGCGGAGCCGAGGAGCGGCGUCGGCGUUUCAUGGACAGUACCUGAAGCCCCUGGCUGUGAGGAAGCGCUUGAGGAGGAGGAGAGGGGGCGCCCCGCCGCCGGGAAGAAGACAGCCGCCUUCUGUUUUCGGUUAGAACUUCGCUGCCCGGACAAAUGCAUACAAAUGCCUUUAGGAGCUCAAAGGACAAGGAGUGGAAGCAUCUCUCCCACCGCGAAAACGAAAACCCUCCUCCUUUUUUUUGCAACAUGUAUAGCUGUGGGUGCUACACAAAUACUAGAAGAAGGCAUAGAUAUUCUUCAUCAUUUAGGCCUAAGUGGGCAAGCUCUUCGUCAACCAUCAACAGGGACUGCACAGCCCUUGUCACGUACUUCAUUACCUCAGGGGGUUCACCUAAGUGCCUCAGGAGUUGUUUUGUCCACAAAAGCAGCCAUUGAGGUGCCUGUCUCUCAAGUGAUAGCAUCACACGUAGGCUCCCAGUUCACCGUAUUGGUUAGCUUACGUUCUUACGCAGUAAACAAUGCCUUUCUUUUCAGUGUUAGAAAUAAAAAUAGACUGCAGUUUGGUGUCCAGUUGCUUCCAAGGAAGAUAAUGGUGCAUACUGGAGGGAAGCAGUCUGUAUAUUUUGAUUACACUGUUCACGAUGAGCAGUGGCACACAUUUGCUAUUGACGUUACGGAAAAAACCGUGUCCCUAUAUACUCAGUGUGGAAGAAAGCACUUCAGCAGGGAGAUUGUUUCUAAAGUACAGCCGUUCGAUUCACAGAGUUUGUUUACUUUAGGAAGGAUGAACUCCCAUUCAGUCAACUUUGAAGGAAUAAUUUGCCAGCUGGACAUUAUCCCCUCUGCACAAGCAUUGGCAAACUAUUGUAAAUAUGUGAAACAACAGUGUCGCCAAGCUGACACAUACCGGUCUCAAACGAUACCUCCAGACACAUCCCUUGGGGUGCCGCCAAGCAAACAGUUGGAUGAAGAAACCCAACCAUAUUCCAUGCCAUUGAGUACAAGGAAAGGAGAACCAAACCUUCGUAGCAGCAAUGGUGCAUCAGUCCGUAUGCCACCCGAACCCCUAGAGACAACCUCUCCCCUGACACCUCGUUUAUUAGAAAAUGGUACUGCAUUGGAAAUUAUACCUGAACCAGAUGACCAGGGAGUUGUGAAAGCAUUGAAAAUUCCUCAGCAAGAUGCCAGCAAAAAGAAAGAUGGCUUCCGGACUCUCACAAAAUUGCCUCCAAACCUUACAGAUAAUGCCACGGAUGAUACAAGCAGGAAAACCUACCCCGAUCUGCUGUUUUCCAUAAAGCAGACUAAAACCAAAACUGACACAUCAAAGCAGUAUCCAUACGAACCCGUGGAGCUGCAGCAAGCUUUAAACACAACAUUAUAUAGAGCUUCUGAUUCCACACCUUCCGAUAACCAGCUUGGUUCAAGGGGCGAAGGGACAUUUCCGAUCGAUGAGACUUACAACGCAGAAACCAGUUAUGAACUUGAUAUGGACGGUUACGAUUACGACUAUGAAGAAUUGGAAAGAAUGUUUGAACUCGAGAAUCUGAGAGGGCCUAAAGGAGACCCCGGGCUGCCGGGACCCCAAGGUUCUCCAGGAUUACCUGGUCCAGCAGGGAAAAGAGGUCCGAGGGGUAUUCCAGGUCCACACGGGAACCCGGGGCUGCCAGGGCUGCCUGGUCCCAAGGGUCCCAAAGGUGAUCCAGGAUUCUCCCCAGGACAAGCAAAACGUGGGGAAAAGGGCGAUACAGGACUAAUAGGCUUGCCAGGCCUUGUAGGCAUCAAAGGUGAAAAGGGUCCCACGGGGUAUCCAGGACCACCGGGGCCACGUGGAGAGCAAGGAAUUCUAGGAAUGGCUGGCAAUCCCGGGGCUCCAGGUUACCCUGGCAGGCAGGGUUUAGCAGGACCAGAAGGUAACCCAGGCCCUAAAGGUGUAAGAGGUUUCAUUGGGCCCCCUGGUGUGGCAGGACUGCCUGGACCCGAGGGAGAAAGAGGCAUCCCAGGUUUACCUGGAAAAAGAGGUCUUAAAGGGAGACAGGGAUUACCAGGUGAUAUUGGAAAUAGAGGCCCCCCUGGUCCUGAUGGAAGUCCUGGAAUUGUUGGUGGUGUCGGUCCUCCUGGAUUUCCUGGACUUCGAGGUGUUGUAGGACCAGCCGGACCAUCUGGCGCACCUGGGAUUCCUGGACCUCUGGGUCUUCCGGGGAGUAUGGGGCAACCUGGAUUGAAAGGUGAUAAGGGCGAACAAGGCAUUUCAGGAGAGAUGGGGGAGCUGGGAUACCCAGGAGACAAGGGUACAGCUGGUUUGCCAGGGCCACCAGGAAUCAGAGGAAAACCAGGACCCCCGGGUAAAACAGGAGAUCCAGGACCCCGAGGGCCACCGGGACCUCUUGGACCUGAGGGUUUUCCAGGGGAUAUUGGUGCUCCUGGUUUGAAUGGCCCUGAAGGCCCAAAGGGAUUUCUAGGUGAUAGAGGACCUCCAGGACCACCAGGCCCCAAAGGUGUUGAGGGAGAAGAAGGACUUGUUGGCCCUAUCGGGGGAGCUGGACCAAGGGGAAAGCCUGGUCGAAAAGGUUAUGCAGGUGAACUGGGACCAGAAGGCCUGAAGGGAGAAACAGGAGAUCAAGGAAUUAUUGGGAAAAUUGGUGAAACAGGUCCCAUCGGCUUACCUGGUGAAACUGGAUCAUCUGGAGGACCCGGCGAGAAGGGAGAGAGGGGUAGUCCGGGCCCAAUUGGCCCUCCUGGGGAAAAGGGUAUCAUGGGAUAUCCAGGUCCUCCAGGAGGCUCUGGGGGUAUAGGGCCACAAGGAUUGCCUGGUCCUUCAGGGGCAAGAGGACCUCCUGGACUACAGGGCCCCAAAGGUCAAAGAGGACCAAGAGGCCAGGAUGGUCCUCUGGGAGAGCAAGGAACACAAGGCAUUAAGGGAGAGAGUGGUGACACCGGGAAGAAAGGCAUCCCAGGACUCAUUGGCAAAGCUGGAAACCCUGGAGAAAGAGGUAGCCCAGGAACAGCAGGUUUGCCUGGUCCUCCAGGAAACACAGGAGACAGUGGUCCUAUGGGUGAACCAGGACCAAGGGGACAACAAGGUGAUGCUGGUCCUGUAGGAGAACCAGGCUUUGAAGGACCACCUGGCCCAGAGGGGGACCCAGGGCCACAAGGAGAACCAGGCACAAAGGGUGAUGCUGGACCUGUUGGCAAUGCUGGAGAAUCAGGAGAACAAGGUUUAAGAGGUGUGCCAGGACCACCGGGGGAAGAUGGUGUCCAAGGGAAAGAUGGACCAAAGGGCAGUGUAGGAGACCGAGGGCUUCCUGGAGAAGAUGGUGAAAAAGGAGAGACAGGAAUCCCAGGAAUCCCAGGCCCUUCAGGUGCACCCGGCAUAAGGGGCAUUCCCGGGCCCGAAGGAGCUCCAGGAAAUCUAGGUCAAAGGGGCCGCCCAGGAAAAAAGGGGGGAAAGGGACAGCAUGGCCCCCCAGGAGAGAUUGGCACCACAGGUGACCGUGGGCAGCCUGGAGAAAUUGGUCCAAAGGGUUCAAGAGGAACUAGAGGCCCAAUGGGACAUUUAGGGCCAAUGGGAUCUGCAGGAGAGCCAGGAAUUCCAGGUUACGGGGGUCACCAGGGUCAGCCAGGAGCUCCUGGCCCACCAGGAGCCAAAGGAGAGAAGGGUUACCCGGGGGAAGAUAGCACAGUGCUGGGACCACCUGGGCCCAUAGGUGAACCAGGCCCUAUUGGUGAACGUGGAGAGAGAGGAGAACCUGGUGAUUUAGGUUACAAGGGUCACACAGGGCUUCCAGGACUUAGAGGUGCUAUUGGACAACAAGGGCCACCAGGUGAGCCAGGUGAACGUGGUGAACCAGGACUAAAAGGAGAGAAAGGAUCUCAAGGUCCUGCUGGGAAAAAAGGAAUGAGCGGUCAAGCUGGGAAACCUGGGAUGUCUGGUAUAUCCGGUCCUUUGGGUCAGAAGGGUGUACAAGGCUAUCCUGGACCAGAGGGCAUUCCUGGGAAUCCUGGAAAGGCUGGCUUACCUGGACAACAGGGCCUUCCUGGUAACAGAGGAAGCGUGGGACUAGCUGGACUGGCAGGAUAUCCUGGAACUCAGGGACCAAAGGGGUUACCAGGUAUGCCAGGAAACACUGGACCACCAGGACUAAAGGGUGAACAAGGGCUUCGGGGUCAUCUAGGAAAGCAAGGUAAAAGAGGUCAUCCUGGGACCCAAGGCGAUCAAGGCCCCCCGGGAGAUCCUGGCCUCAAGGGGCAUGCUGGGCAACCUGGAGAUCAUGGUUUGAUGGGAUUUCAGGGAUUCCCCGGUCCAAAGGGUCCUGAAGGUGACCUUGGUUUAAUUGGGAUUUUGGGACCUAAAGGCCCAGUAGGACAAAUAGGAAACAUUGGCCCUGUUGGUAAUGAAGGCAUCAUAGGUCCAGCAGGCAAACCUGGACCCAGGGGUGAAAAGGGAUCCAGAGGCGAAAUGGGACCUCAAGGACCACGAGGCCAUCCAGGUCUACCUGGUCCACCGGGGCCACCUGGUCCAAGAAAGCAGGUUGACAUCAGUGCUGCUAUUCAAGCCUUGAUUGAAUCCAAUGCUGCAUUGCAGAUGGAGAGCUACCAAAACACUGAAGUAACAUUACUGGAUCACAGUGCCGAGAUAUUCAAAACAUUACAUUACCUUAGCAAUUUACUGCACAGUAUUAAGAACCCUCUGGGAACUCGAGAUAACCCAGCACGUAUCUGCAGGGAUUUGCUUAACUGUGAACGUAAGGUGUCUGAUGGAAAAUACUGGAUUGAUCCGAAUAUUGGGUGUCCUUCUGAUGCCAUUGAGGUUUUCUGCAACUUCAGCGCUGGUGGCCAGACAUGCUUAUCACCUGUCUCUAUAACUAAGUUGGAGUUUGGCACCGGAAAAGUGCAGAUGAACUUCCUUCAUUUGCUGAGUUCAGAAGCAAUCCAUACCAUCACAGUCCACUGUCUAAACACCCCGGUGUGGGGAACCAGUGACCUGCGUGCCCAGAGGCCCUCUGUCAGCUUCAAAGGAUGGAAUGGCCAAAUGUUUGAAGCAAAUGCUCCACUUGAACCAAAAGUGCUUCUGGAUGAAUGCAUGAUUCAAGAUGGCAGCUGGCAUAAAACCCAGUUCCUUUUUCACACUCAAGACACCACUCAGCUUCCAGUUGUUCAAGUGCAGAAAUUUCCUCAUCUCAAACAAGGACAACAGCGCUACAUAGAAAGUGGCCCGGUGUGUUUUCUCUAGACUUCUAAAUGGAGUGGAGUUUCUCAACAUGGAACUGCUGCAAGUAGUGGUUUUAAAAAAACAAAACUGCAGAAGAAAUAUAAAGAAAAAUGUUGGUGCUUUCUAAACGAAUCUCAGGAAGAAAAAGACUUCCUCCUAAGAAGGAGAUAUUGCUCUUAAAUAAAGAAGAAGAAGAAGAAGAAGAAGAAGAAGAAGAAGAAGAAGAAGAAGAAGAAGAAGAAGAAGAAGAGAGAGAGAACUUGACAACCUUAAUAAAGUAUUUAAGUUUCCAUUGGUGCUUUUUAUAUUAUUCGCUGGAACUGAAAACACUACAUAUAUCUGGAAAUUCUUCAGAAAACCCAGUGUUUUUUAACCUUCGUAACAGCAUUGUCCCGGGACACCUUAAGGAAAGAUAGAGGCAUGCAGGAUUAGGAGCAACUCUGGCUAAUGCUCCCAAAUGUGCAAUAGCUUGUAUUAUAAUUGUAUGACAAUGAGUUAUGCCACCGUAAAACAAAUCGUUCCCUUAAACACUUAAGUUGUAUUACAGUCCUCUGUGGACACAGACAUCUUAACAGAUGAUACACUACCUCUUAUGUGUUUCCUGUUUGUGUUGCCUGGUGCUUUCCGUACAACUCAAAAAGUCUUUGUGGCCUUGGUCAAGAUUAUUUGGGUCCUGUUUUUUUAUUACUUUUUUCAGACUGUAUGUGCUGGUUGCAUUCAUUGUAAAAUUGUGUCUUUAAAAAAAUAUUUGGUCACAUACUUCAUUAUGAGUGAAAACAUUAUUUAUGUGAAAACCUUGUUUAAAAUGUUUUCUGUCUGUAGACAUGGAAAUGGUACAUGAGGCAGAACAGUAUCUGGUGCUUAUAAGAAGAUCAGGAUUUUGUAGUUGUAGGAGGACUAAACACAGUAGUCUUUUAAGAAGUUUUUGGACUGCAGUUAAAGAUUUUAUCUAUCAAGGGCCAUCUACAAUGAUGUAUUGUGUAAAUAUUUUGUAACUUGUUGAAAAUGUUAAUACAGCAUAUAUUUAAAUGGCUGCUAUUAAAUUAUAAUAAUCUUAAUUACUUCAACCUCUGGGGCAUUCUAUCCCAGUAAUAUUAUACUGUUUCACAUAUAUAUUUAUUUCAGCCCAAAUAUUUUGCGGCUCAAGACCGCAAUACCUCAAGGAACCGACCCAGACUUUGUGGUCACCAUCUGAGGCCCUCCUUUGUGUGCCUCCUCCUCAAGGGGUCUGGAGGGUGGCAACACGAGAAUUAGGCCUCCUCUGCAGUGGCUCCCCAUCUGUGGAAUGUUCACCCCAGGGAAGUUCACCUGGUGCCUUCAUUAUACACCUUUAUGCACCAGGCAAACACGUUCCUUUUUAACCAGCCUUUGGUGAUCUGAUUUACAGCCCAUGCCCUUUAAAAAAAUAUUUUUUGGGGGGAGAUACUUCUUGGGUUGUUGUUUUUAUCUUUAUUAGGAAUUUUGUGGUUUUAUAUCUUGAUUUUAUUUUGUGAACCGCCUGAGACCCCCGGGUAUAGGGUGGUAUAUGAAUUCUAAUCAUAAUUAUAAUUGUAAUCAUAAUAUAUUUUAUCCAUCAAACUGUCAGAAACAGUCUAGCAACUUACCCUUUAAAAAGUUCAUUUUUGUUGUCAACAAGGUUUAAUCCAAUAUUAUCUGCAACUCCUUGUAUUUGGGGAGGGAAAGUGUUUGUUUUUAAACAGGAUCCGUUCCAGUCCUUCCCUCUGGAGCAAACAGAACAAGUCUGUGCCAUCUUUUGCUUAAUAGUCUUAUGCAAGCCUUAAAUGUACCAAUCUAUUUCAACUGUUCCUCGUAGAUAUUUAUUGACUCCUCACCAUCUGGUUUUCCUAUGCUAGGUGCUUAUACUUGUCAAUUACCUUCUUUAAAAUCUCCUCAACAUGACCAUUAAAACCUGAUGGAUGCUUUUUGGACAGGCAUUAAAUAAUUUAUGCAGUUCUUCCAGAUUACAAGAUGCCCUGCCCUGCCCUGCAACUCUUAGAUCCUAUGAAGACUAAGAUUUGACGUCUAGUUUCAUGAAUCGGAAUGGUAAAACUUACUAAGCAUAUACGGUACCUCGAGUCUGCCCACCAGCAGCAGAAAGCCUUCACUUGGUGUUCUGCAAGCUAGUCAACUCAUUAAUGUAGCCCUACUCCCAUAGCUUCAAUUGUAAGAUCUGACAAAGGAGAUGUAAAGGGUUGGCUACAGAAAAAGUCGUACACAUAGGGCUUUGUGGCUUAAAUGUUCAGAAGCAAAAAAAAAAACCCCACAGAUGUUUAAAACCAUUCUUACUUGUUGUGAUUUAAGCGGCAAAGAUGGAGUUUGGAACCUGGUUCAUAUUUUUUUAUGCAUCUGGAUCUGAAAAUACAGCUACUGCAUUUGUUUUUAAUGCUUCAUCCAUUGGUUAGUAGUAUCAUUAUUGCAGAUGUUUCUGCUAGGAAGCAAACAAGUAAAGUGUCACUGUUUCACAGAUCCACCCAAACCAACACCUCAUAAAUUUGUCAGUUGCUGUCCAAAAAAGAAAAAAAGGAUUGCAUUGUAAACAACCCUAACUCUAGGGUCAAGUCUGUUACUUGAGAGUCUCAUCAAAGGGAUCAUUCUAGUGUAAAAUGACUUGGAAAAUGUAGCUUGCUUAUACUGCAUUGUAAUUUCUAUCCGCUGAAGAGUUUAAGGAUUUCUACAUAAGUGCCUAGUUCUCUGUUUCAACAGAUCCUGAAAAUUUACUACCAUUAUAUAUGUACAGUGGUACCUUGGUUUAAUAUCAGUCCUGUUUACAAACGAUUUGGUUUACGAACGCCGCAAAACUGGAAGUAGUGUCCCGGUUUGUGAACUUUACCUCAGUCUAAGAACAGAAUCCAAACAGGGGCCAGAUUUUGAAGGCGAUUGGGCCGCAUCUGGCCCCCAGGCCUUAGUUUGAGGACCCCUGAGUUAUGCUGUGCA